AUGGCAGUUGAGAAUAUAUCCGCCUCCCCUACGACAUUUGAGAAAGAUGUGGACGUGGAAAGAAUGGAUAUUAUCAACGCCUCCAUCAUCAUUGCAAUCGCAGUCAUUGUCAACAUCACAAAUUUCCUAACUCUACUGGUAGUGCACUCUUACAAGUACGUGUUUAAUCCAAACAUCCUAAUUGGUGGUAUAGCCCUGGUGAAUUAUGCCUCGACACUUUCAUUAUGCCCUCUCAUCGCCUACGCGUAUCUAGCCGAAAAACCACUGCCCAGUUUCAUCUGUGGUCUCUUCCAAGCAUGUUGGACCUUCUACCAGUUAAUGUCAACUUCCAUAUGUACCCUGAUGGUCGUUGAUCGCUACCUUGCCAUACGAAAACCCAUCCUGUACAGGACACGACUCAGCGGUGCUUUUAUCAAAUAUAUCGUGGUGUGUGUAUUACUGGCUUCCAUUCUUUUGUCCUUUACACCUUUCGCCAAAGUCUUAGCAGAAAAUACCAUUGUUGAACUCGACUCGGAAGGGUCCAGGACUAAACGUUGCAUCGGAUUACACUACCAGUACUUCCGCGUCCAUGGGAUUCUGAUAUUGUCAAUUAACGGCGUGCUUCUACUCUUGGGCAUGUUUUGUUACAUUAGCUUCUUGCUUGGUGUCCGGAAUUUUGUGAAUCGCUGGCUUGUGAGGUUCUCGAACCAAAACGCAUCCCCGGUAGAACCUCCGGUUGUUGAAGCCUCCUCCUGCUGGUGCCGUUGUGUCAAGGAACAACCGCAGAAGUCGCUUUCCAAGGAGCAAUUGGUGGAACGAACUCUACAUCUUAUGAAGAGUCUCCACGUGAAACGGUGCACAAGGAUCUCGAAGACAAUCGCAGUGUCAGCAGGGAUCUACUUCUUGCCAUGGUUCAUUUCACAGACGUUUUAUUUCAAUCUUUUAACUUUCUGUCAUUCCCAGGUUUGCGUUUUCUACGAGCUCCUCACCGGAAGCUACCUCCCUCUUCUCGAUUACGUCAUCAUCCGGGUCAUCCUGGCGUCAUCCAUUCUGAACCCCAUCGUAUACGUCACAUUCUCCCAGACCUACCGCUACGGAUACCAGCGCGUCCUGGUCAAACCCCUCCGUAUGUGUGGGUACGAAUGGCGGUCGAGGAAACCGCUGGGACUCACAGGGAGUGAAAUGCAAAAGAUUUCUCACCGAAUGGCUCUGGAAGAAUGGGAGAGUCCCGGUUUGGUACGCCGGCAGUACAGCAAACGACGCAUUAAGAAAAAGAUCACCCGAAUGCACCACGUUUACACGGUCAGCGAAAAAAACGGAAAUGGCUAUAUCGACGGAAAGUGUGAUGACGACCGUGCAGGGAGACGGAGGCGGUAUCGGAAGAACACUUCAAUUGAUGCGUCACGAGGAGCAGGCAUCACUAGUGCGUCAGUAAAAGUAGCGCGGCGCAGACGGAACACUGGCCAGGAAAAUCGCGGGCAUGCUAAAGGCCCUUUCAAAAAUGGGGACACAACCUUCGUCCAGCAGCAGAUGGACUUCCCUGCAUCGUCUCAAGUCCUGUCCAAGGACGAGAAUGGGUCCGCGGUGUUAUGUCAGAACUUGAGGGUGAUCGGCUCUUUCCGUCAAACGGUUCGCAAGGAUAGCAAAUCGGCACCGUGUGAAGUGUUUCCUCUAGAAUGCUCGGAAUACGCAUCAACCGGAAAUGACGAUAUUCAAGUACAAUCCAAAGAUCCUUUGCCUCAACCAAAGAGGUAUCUUCCGCAAACUCUGCAGGCACUUGCAGCAUCGGCUGUUGAACUGGAAAAGUGUCAAACAAAAGGGCAGAUAACAGUUUCUGAAGCAUCACCUCCGGUGAGGGAGCGCGAGGAUUGUGUUAGUAUUCAUGGUUCGAAUGGGACGAGCGUUCUCCAGCCAUUCGACAAUUCAGCCGGGACCAACGCUCAAGGUCAUGUCUCUAUCCACUUAGAAGUGAUCGAAUAUGUGAAUAGAAACGAGAUGAAACACAAAAAUGGAUCGCUUGUGAGCACAAUUCGUAGGUGUCAACUGAAGGACAAAUCACAGAAGACAACAGAUGAUGGGCAAACUGGACCAUCGUUUGUCUUUUCCUUAAGGGAAAACCGCUUUCUACCAGAACAAAUUCACCAGGAAAGCAUCGACACCUUUUCCUAUGAAAAUGGUGAAGACACUUCAUCAAACUCCAUUUUAACAAAUGAUGUAACGAAUGGGGCUUUCGCUCCGAUGCAAACUUCUGCAGACGUCUCUGAGAAAAAUCAAGAAUCUUCUCAUACCUUGAGGGCUACCAAAGAACGACCGAAGAGGACAAGCGAGAUCUUGCGCGAAAGUUCACGAUAUAGUGAUGACAUUGCUAAACUGAAUGAUUUGAUGCUUCAGGACUACAGUAGGAAGAUGCACAAAACAACUCCAGUGAACUCCUUAGUAUCGAGUAAAGGAAGUUCCCCAAACAAUCAUGAAACAGAAAACAAAUGAACUGAUUUCAAAUGGUAAUAAAUUUGGUGUUCCAUCCUGCUGAGAAGGAGAUAUGCAAGACUAAACUUUGCCCGGUACAGAUUGCAAAUGUUCGAAUAAUACAUGUCACAGGAAGUAGUUAAAGCGAAAAGAAUUGGAAUAUUCAGGCAUAUGUAUUUCCAUUAUGCCAUACAUGUGUUUAUUUAUUUGCUCAAUCAUUAUUAUUUUAUUUAUUUAUUUGUUGUUAUUGUUAUUAUUAGUAUCAUAAUUUUUUUUUUGGGGGGUAACAAUACCCAAAUUCUGUUGGCAAGAAAUGAUCGACAUAUUCGGCUAACAUAUUGAUAUCUCCAACCAUGGAGAGGUAAUCGAUAGUCGGGGGGGGGGGGGGGUGAAGCGGUUGUGUCUUCUGCGCCAUGGACACUAUAUCGUUGGAUCACCGGGACGGGGAGGGAGAAAUUAUUGUCAAUCUACUUCAGAAAUGCUGAAAUAUCAAUUGAUUUAAGUGUUAGAUUCUGAGUUUAUAUGCCCGUUAUCUAUAUUUGCUUUACGUAUACAAUGUGUAUUCUUUAUCAAAUAAGAGGAAGUAUUUUGUUUUUGUUUGUCGGACUAAAAUUCGUAAUUCUAAAUUUGUAAUAAAGGGAUCUUUCUCAAAGU